AUGACUACUGGCAGAAUCAACCAGGGAGCGGAAUUGUACCAAGAAGGGGAUCGCCGAAGCAAUCCCAAUCGCCUACUACGAAUGCGCGCAGGGCGCAAUCGCUGCAGACGACCUAUUCAUUUGCCCCCACUGAGUUCCCCAAGACGUGGUCCGCUGCGAAGCCUGAUCGGCGUUGCCGCCAAUAACAAGCCCACAGCAUAUACGUCUCAAGAGGAGAAAGCCCACGUCGCCUCACGCACACGAAGCGCGGAUAGGCGGCGCGACUGUCCCCAAAGAUCUGGUGAAAU